ACAUUGGCAUCCAGCUCGAUAAGUCAUAUUUUUUUCGAGUAUUUUUCGGCAAACGUUUAUUCACUCAUUUCAUUUUUUAUAUAUUUAGAAUUUCUGUUUUAUUUGUCCUCAUGCGGUUUUAAUACUUACAAAAAGAGCAAAUUUAAGGUUAAAUUUAUUAUUCCUUUAAUACCAUACCGAGACAAUUUUAGUGGUCCCUUGCACACUGGACACUUUAGGGGACCGUAAAACAAUUGUGUAUCGUCAGCAUAGUUGAAUAUUUUGUGAACUAGCCACAGACACAAGAUGAUGCAACGGACGGCGCCCGGAUGUCAUUCGAUGAUGCGAUUACGAUUACGAUUACUGCGAAACCUGAUGCAUGAACAGUGCAUGGAACGCAAUGUGUGGCGAAUCCCAAGACGCUUCAAUUCCGAUUGCUCAACGUUAACGCUAGAGAAUACAUUCAAGUGCUACGAACUGGAGAAGGGCCCGCCCACAGAUGUUGAAUUGUCGCGCGAGGACGCGGUCAAAUUGUACCGUCAAAUGGUGGAGGUGCGUCGCCUCGAGGUCGUCUCGGGUAAUAUGUACAAGGCGAAGCAGAUCCGAGGCUUCUGUCAUCUGUACAUCGGCCAGGAGGCCGUCGCCGUGGGCAUGUGCGCCAGCCUGAGGAAGCAGGACAGUGUGAUCACCGCAUAUCGUGCCCAUGCCUGGACCUAUUUGAUGGGCGUGACGGCGCAUGGCAUGAUUGGGGAAUUGGUUGGAGUGCGCAGCGGAUGCAGUCGAGGCAAAGGCGGAUCGAUGCACACGUAUGCGGAUAACUUUUAUGGCGGCAAUGGGAUCGUUGGUGCCCAGGUGCCGUUGGGCGCUGGCGUUGCGUUGGCCCAUCGCUAUAAGGGCGAUGGGGGCGUCUGUGUGGCGUGUUAUGGCGAUGGGGCUGCCAAUCAGGGUCAGGUCUUUGAGGCGUACAACAUUGCCAAGCUGAAGUGCUUGCCGUGCAUAUUUGUGUGCGAGAACAAUCACUAUGGCAUGGGCACCCACAUCAGUCGCCAUGCGGCGCUCACCGAUUUCUAUAUGCGUGGACAGUAUGUUCCGGGACUGUGGGUCGAUGGCAAUCAGGUGCUGGCGGUGCGCAGUGCCACUCAAUUUGCCAUCGAGCAUGCACUGAAUAAUGGCCCCAUUGUUCUGGAGAUGAAUACGUAUCGCUAUGAGGGACAUUCCAUGUCCGAUCCGGGCUUGGCGUAUCGCACACGCAAGGAGGUGCAAGAGGUGCGCAAGCAGCGCGAUCCCAUCGAGAGCUUCCGCAAGCAGAUUCUCUCGCUGGGUCUCACCGACGAGGCCGAACUGAAGGCCAUCGAUGUGGCGGUGCGCAAGGAAAUGUCUGCCGUCUCCAAGAAGGUGGUGGCCGAUCGUGAGGUUGGCAUCGACGAACUCGCCGCCGACAUAUAUGCCAAGAACGUGGAGCCGAAGAUUCGCGGCGUUUCCGGUUACAAUCUGACACACAAGAAGAUUGCCGAGGUGUGCUUUGGCAAACCGAAGCCAACGCCGGCCAAUGAGAUGAAGAAUGUGCCCAUUGGUGAUGCAGCCUUGAUUGCCGCUCAGCUGGAGGCCAAGAAGAAGAACGACGAAAAGAAGGCUGCCGAGGCGAAGGCUAAAGCCAAAGAUGUCAAGCCCAAGAAGGACGAUGAUGACGACGAUGACGAUGAUCCACCAGCACCGCCAGCAGCAGCAGCAGCGCCACCGGCUGCAGUUCCACCAGCAGCUGCCCCACCAGCAGCUGCCCCACCUGCAGCUGCUCCACCAGCAGCAGCUCCGCCUGCAGCUGCUCCUCCAGCAGCUGCUCCACCAGCGGCAGCUAAGCCCAAGUAAGCUGAGAGCCAACAAUGCACCCACUUGACAAGAUUAACCAAUACAAUGCAUAUAUCAAAUUGCCCUACACUCAACUCUUCACAUAAGAAAUAUAUAUCCUAUCCGAAGGUAAUAAAGUCUUUCGUGUUUAAGUGAAAAAAUUAAAGUCAAUUACAA